AUGGGAGCAUUAUGUUUGAACAUUUUCAAAGCCAAGGAGAAACACAAUACUGUCUUUGAGACAGGUAGAGCAACUGAAGGCAUCAGUUUGGACCUUUCCAAAGCCAAUGCGAUGCAUUUGAAAUACAACACCUUUGAAGGAAUGACUUCUCUGAGAUAUUUCAGCUUCUUCUAUCCGCCAAAGCUUGUGAAUCUAGUGUGGCUUGACCUCUCGUACUGCAAAAAUUUAGUUGCAGUCCCGGACUUGUCUCGGUGUCCAAAUCUCGAGCACCUUUAUCUUCAAGGAUGCAAAAGCCUAUCUGAGCUACCAUCUCACGUUCAAGAUAUGGACAGGCUGAUAGCACUAGACCUUCGAGAUUGUACAAACCUGAGGAUCCUUCCGCCCAAACUCAACUCCAAGUUCCUCAAUCAUCUUCGUCUGUCCAACUGUCCCAAGAUUACUUGUUGUCCAGAGAUCAGUUCAAGAGAGUUGGAGAUCUUGGAUUUAAUGGAGACACCUGUCAAAGCAUUGCCGAGUGCAAUUCACAAUAUCAAGCAAGAUGGCUCCCUAUUUCUGGGCAGCAAACGCAUCACCAGCUUCCUCGCGAUUUCAGCAAGCUUGAAUCAGUUUCAGCUGUGCCAUACCACAAUAAGAGAGAUGGCUUGUUAUGAUGAUGAUCAUCAGAGUUAUUUGCCAAGAUUUGUUCAAUUGGAGUUAGUUGACAACCCUCAACUCAAGAGCUUGUCAAGGAAUAUCUGGAAGAUGGUCUCUCAAACACUCCUCCUCGAAGAUUGCCCACUGAUUGAAAGUUUGCCAGAACUCAAACAGCCUGAUAAUGGCCUGACUGAUCUUAGUAUAAGGGGAUGUCGAAACCUGAAGAGUCUUCCAUCUGGCAUCGACAAUUUGAAAUCUUUGCAGAGCCUCCGUUUCUGUGGCACCAAUAUUAAGUCCCUGCCUGCUUGUAUCCAGGAAUUUAACCAGCUCUCCUGGUUAGAUUUUUCUUUCAACAAAAGGCUGGAGUUCAUCUCCUGCAACAUGCAUGCACUUGCCCAGUUAUCCACCUUGUACUUGACGGGCUGCUUGAAGAUUCAAUCUUUGCAGGAACUCCUGCCCAAUCUUCUAGUUUUAGGUGUAGGUGGUUGCAAAUCAUUACGAGCCUUACCAAGCAACAUAUGCAGACUGAGAUUGAAGGAAUUGUACUUUGAAGAUUGUCCGAAAUUGGGCUCGAAUCUGUCGAAAGAAAUAGUGCGUAGUUUCCCUAAUCAUGCUACGCGGAACCUACAUCCUCAGAAAACUGCCAUGUCUAUAAGUUGCGACUGCAUCAUCGGCACCACUUCCGCUGCCUCUUGGGGGUCUCCUGUUUUUGGAAUGGGUCGGACCUAUUCAGAUUACGUAUAUGUGUGCCUCACCUCCAGAUCCUCGGUCGCAUUGGCAAUGGACGUUUCGAUGUUGUCGUCUUUGAGCUCCUUUAAUGAUUUCGUUGUCGGUGAUGUGGAGUGCGAUUCGCUCGACACCGACAAACAAGCUGGAUUUGUGGAUAGCUUGGAGUGA